UACAGUGAGAACAGUUCAAGGGAUUGACCGCUUGGAUGCGCUGUAUAUGCUGUGAUGGUAACGCUUGUUCACACGGAAGAGAGUCCUUUCUACAAAUUUAAACGCAAUUUGUCCGGGGCAGGCAGGACCCUCAACUCCAAGGCUCUGAUUUCCACAUUAUAAACACAAAGUAAAUGAUUUCUGGACGAAGCGAGCUGUUUGAGAGCUGGCACCAUGGGCCCCAGACUGGCUGCAGACGUGCUGAAAUAAGCCAGGCCCUUCUUACCCUGUGAACUCCUCCCCGGCACCCGGGAACACCAAGGCAUGGCGGGCUUCAAGCGCGGGUACGACGGAAAAAUCGCCGGACUCUACGACCUGGACAAGACGCUGGGCCGUGGCCACUUCGCGGUGGUGAAGCUGGCCCGCCACGUCUUCACGGGGGAGAAGGUGGCGGUGAAGGUCAUCGACAAGACCAAGCUGGACACGACUGCCACGGGCCACCUCUUCCAGGAGGUGCGCUGCAUGAAGCUGGUGCAGCACCCCAACAUCGUGCGGCUGUACGAAGUCAUCGACACGCAGACCAAGCUGUACCUCAUCCUGGAGCUGGCGGACGGGGGAGACCUGUUCGACUACAUCAUGAAGCACGAGGACGGCCUGAGCGAAGAGAUGGCCAAGAAGUACUUCGCCCAGAUCGUCCACGCCAUCUCCUACUGCCACCGGCUCCACGUUGUCCACCGCGACCUCAAGCCGGAGAAUGUGGUCUUCUUCGAGAAGCAGGGCCUGGUCAAGCUCACUGACUUUGGCUUCAGCAACAAGUUCCAGCCGGGCAAGAAGCUGACCACCAGCUGCGGCUCCCUGGCCUACUCCGCCCCGGAGAUCCUACUCGGGGAUGAAUAUGACGCUCCAGCUGUGGAUAUUUGGAGCCUGGGUGUGAUCCUCUUCAUGCUGGUGUGUGGACAGCCGCCCUUUCAGGAGGCCAACGACAGCGAGACCUUGACCAUGAUCAUGGACUGCAAGUACACCGCGCCCCACCACGUCUCCGGGGCCUGCAGAGACCUGAUCGACCGCAUGCUGCAGCGUGACCCCAAGCGCCGGGCCUCCCUGGAGGAAAUAGAGAGCCACGCCUGGCUGCAGGGCGUCGACCCCUCCCCCGCCACCAAGUACAGCACCCCCCUGGUGUCCCACAGGAACCUGUCCGAGGAGGAGCACAACGGCAUCAUCCAGCGCAUGGUGCUGGGGGACAUCGCUGACCGCGAGGCCAUCAUCGAGGCCCUGGAGACGAAUAAGUACAACCACAUCACUGCCACCUACUUCCUGCUGGCUGAGCGAAUCCUGAGAGAGAAGCAGGAGAGGGAGAUCCAGACCCGGUCCUCCAGCCCCAGCAACAUGAAAGCCCAGUUCAGGCAGUCCUGGCCGACGAAGAUCGACAUGCACCAGGAGAUCGAGGACAGUCUGGCGGCCUCGUCCAUCUCUCACGGCGGGGGUCCUCAGUCCCCAGCCCGCAGCACCGAGAGCCUGCUGAACGGGCACCGGGGGAAGGGUCUGCUGGAGCUGGGGAGGAGAGAGGAGCCCUGUGAACCCCUCCUGCCCCAGGCCUGCGCCCUGCCUCCCCCCGACCCCGCACCCAGCCCGCAGCGCACCCGCCUCUUCAGGGUGGAGGAAGACGAGGAGGAAGACGACGAGCCGGCGCCGCUGCCCACGCAGGUGAUCCUGCGCCGCAAGCCCUCGGUCACCAACCGGCUGUCGUCUCGCAAGAGCGCGCCCGUCCUCAACCAGAUCUUCGAGGAGGAGGGCGAGUCGGACGACGACCUGGACGGGCCCGAGGGCCUCCCGCCCAAGCUGAGCCGGCUGAAGAACGUGGCGUCCCCGGCAACGCCGCACAAGCGCUUCCCGCACCGCACCAGCCAGACCCGCGGCUCCAGCUGCUCCAGCUCGGAGACCAGCGACGACGACUCGGAGAGCCACCGCCGCCGGCUGGACAAGGACGCCGGCUUCACCUACGGCUGGAACCGGCGGGACAGCGGCGAGGGCGGGGGCGGGGGGGGCAGCAGCGGGGGAGGGCAGAGCAAGCCUCCCGGGGACGGAGGGGCCGGGCCGGACAGGGGCAGCUCUCCCGGGGGUGGGGGCGGGGGAGGGGGAGGCGGUGGAGGAGGAGGAGGAGGAGGAGCAGGCGGCCGGGGACAGGGCAGCCCCUCCUGCUGCUCCACGCGCAGCUCCAUGCGGACGGUGGGCGGGGUGGUGGAGAGCCUGAAGCUCAUGAGCUUGUGCCUCAGCUCCCAGCUCCAGCAGCUGAGCGGGAUGAGUGGGGCGCAGGCCGGGCGCUUCUUCCUGGACCCUCGGGGGUUCCCCGGCGUGGGGGUGCCGGACGUGUCCUCCUGGAGGAUGUACGCUGGCUCCUGCGGCAGUCUGGACAUGCCCCUGCCGGACCCUCACCUGGGGCCCAGCCUGAUGGCGCUGGACCUGGCUCAGGAGAGCAGAGCUUUCCACCUGAAGCACGGCUUCCUGCAGCUCCCGCUGUGCGACAGAACCAUCUCCGUCAACAUACACCGCAACCCCCAGGACCGCCCGCUCUGCGGCCCGGCCCCGCCCACCUGCUGCCAGGUCAUCUGAGGCCCCGCCCACCUGCUGCCAGCUCAUCUGUGGCCCCGCCCACCUGCUGCCAGCUCAUCUGUGGCCCCGCCCACCUGCUGCCAGCUCAUCUGUGGCCCCGCCCACCUGCUGCCAGCUCAUCUGAGGGCCCGCCCACCUGCUGCCAGCUCAUCUCAGGCCCCGCCCACCUGCUGCCAGGUCAUCUGAGGCCCCGCCCACCUGUUGCCAGCUCAUCCGAGGCCCCGCCCACCUGCUGUCAGGUCAUCUGAGGCCCCGCCCACCCAUGUCUGUAGCACUCCUCCAGCUGCUGUGGAUGACCUCCCAAAACAUCUGUCUGCUGUCUUCUGGGUUUUAUUUUUUACGGUGACAUCUUUUCCUAUUUGUGCAAAUUUAUUUGCUUUUUAAAAAAAUUUACACCCCCCUCUCCCAUACGGCAUAGAACCCAGGUCUCAAUUAAGAGGAAUCUGUGCUAUUAGAAUAACUGAAAUGUGGACUAAAGACCAAACUUCACAUUCAUAGAGAGUUGGAGCAGUAGCUUCUGGACAAGCACUUGCAGUCGGUUCUCACCAGUCUACACCAGCUCUGAUAAUGCUGUCCAUUUCCUGUGGUGUGCAGUUUGUGUCGGGCAGGCUAGACAAUUGCAGAGAAAGGCCUUGAAAAGUGCCCUCACUGUUAAGUCUUAAACAAAAUCACCAGAAAGAAAAUUAUUCUUUUAGAAAUCUAUUUUAGUUACCUGUUAUUUUUGAACAAUGUAAUUUCAUUCUGAACGGCAGAAUGUCAUGCAAGUGCUUCUACUUUAUACUGCAUUUAGACAAUCUUUAGUUUUUAACUAUCAAAAUUAAAAUGAACAUUUUCAUAGAACUUGAAGGUUAAGACAAUUGAUAAUAUACCCACCUGCAAAUAAAGGUUUUUUUAAUAUAACUAGUGUACUUUAACUCAUUUGAGACUCCAAAACCAAAUUAAAACUCUAUCUUUGAUUCCAAACUCUCAGGCAGGGUGGAUAACUGUGAUUGAAAAAUGCUUUAUUCUUAAUUCAUGGCAGGUCCCUUUAGCAAACGUUCCUGAGAUGUAUUUUUAAAAUUAAACUGCAGUUGGAUUAAUUUCAUUGAUCCUCCAUCUAAGUCCCCACGAGUCCCCACAUUAAAUAAGCUGUUCAUGCUGUAAAUACUCCUUCCACUCUUGAUUCCUGCCUAACCAUUUGCACCUUUCAUUUUAUGUAUUUUAUAUUUUAAGUACCACGGGUCAUAGAGAUGUGUUUUAAGGAGUUUGUACAGUCUGUAGAUUUUUAAAAAGUUUUUUUUUUUUUGGUUGGGGUUUGUUUUGGGUUUUGCAGGGAUGGCUGUUCAACCCAGCUUUGGGUUUGAAUUGUGCCGUUUGGUCACUGGAUGACCCCACCCUGAAGCACGUUACUGGGUCACUGGGGAGAUUUCAGGAAUAAAGUGCUGUCUAGUGCGAAGCUGAAUCACAGUGUUGGGAUUUACUCCUGUGUUUUAGAUGAGCAGACCUGCCUCUGCUGAGCCAAUAGGGAAUAUAUUAAAAGGGCAUUGGCAAUAAGCUAUAUGUUGCAGCUAUAUGUAAAUAUAUACUAUAUAUUUUGUUUUAUAUUUUAAUUCUGUACAGCAUCAGAAUGGCACCUUGGACAUAGACAUAUUUGUAAAUAGUUGUAAAUAUGCUGCUCUGCAUUUAUGAUGACAUUGUCGACCAUUUUGUGCAUAGCUGUAAUAUAGCCUUAUGUGUUUCAAUUUAAAAACGAAAGCUGAGAUAUGAAAACGGCACUACUGCUAAUGUAAGUGUGUCUGUCUUUACCAGGAUGUAAAGAGGUGACUGACUGUGCAUGUGUCGUACGUUUUCCAUUCUGUCUACAUACAGCAGGGCUGCCCAAUCAUGUUCCUGGACAUCCACCAUCCUGUAGGGUUUCAUUCCAACCCUAGCAAGGUGCACCUCAUUCAACAGCUAGGAAUGUCAUUCAACUGCUAAUUGGUCAAAUCUGGUGUGCAAAAGAUCUGAAGGAGCAGGUUGGAAUGCAGACCUACAUGACUGUAGAUCUGAAGGAGCAGGGUUGGGCAGUCCUGACACACAGCAAGGGAUCGAUCGCUCAAAAAAUGUGUUGCUGGACCAAACAUUUAAAAUGGUUAAAGAAAAAAGAAGCGACAAAGUGACCGAAAAUCUAUACAUUUAUGCCAUUGCUGAUAUGUUCCUGAAAUGUUGCAAAUAGAUAUGGUAAGGUCCAAUAUUAAAUGUGGAAAAAACUGUCUUAUAAA